AUGCACAAAGACGGACGCAAUGUUGACAUCAUUGUCACCAACAUGGCAUCUGCUGUCGCCCCUAUCUUCCAAUUCCACAGUAUGGUCAUUAUGAACUUCAUAUCUGCAGAGGCUGUUUUCUGUGCCUACCUGGCACGGACGCUCGAAAUGUCUGGAUUGGUACAUCCCAGAAUAUACAAACAAAAUGGGACUAACCUGGCCACCAUCAUAAGCCUCACCAAAUACAUCAGAAGAGGGUUUACCUUAUACUCAGAUAUCACGGAACUCUCGCAACAUGAUUCACGCUGUGUCAAAACAUAUUAUUGUCCGCACAUGACGCGAAGCACCAAUGACAAAGGCAGACUGGCUUGGGUAUUCAGGCAUGCUGAAACACCUGGUACCAGUUCACAUAGUGCAAGCUACAUUGACACUAGUGCCAUCAUAUGGUGUCUGGGAGGGGACCAGUGUGCGAAUGAGAACGUAUCCAGGUCUCCUUCAUUCAUUUUCGCCACCUGA